GAGCGGUAACAUAAAUCCCCAAAAAAAAAAAAAAAAAAAAAAAGGACCCAAAAAUGCUUCACUUCGCACGUUACUUAAACCCAGAACUGCGACACGAUACACCACUCUGCAGGUAUUGCUUCAAUACCCUGGGAAGGCUCUACAGGUUCAAAAUAAAAAAUGCACUGAAGCAUAAUAAUGAUAAGAAGCCGGCUACAAGCAUCUCGGACGUGAUCUCCAGUCAGCGACCGGAACUUAUUUCGUCCUCGAACCCAACCGCGACGACGUCCACAACGGCGGCAGCUAACCCGCCACCUGUACCCGUCCAUACAAACCCCAGCGAGGAGAGAAUGCCCACAACACGUGCAGCGGCUGCGGAAAAACGCAAGCACUACAAUCCGCCGCCAGCGGCUCAACAGGAAUCUAACAGCUCAUAUGUGAGCGAUGACGACGAUCGCAAUUCGAAUCUGAGUCUGAAUGCGGUGAAUUGUACUCGGCUGCCGCACAUCCAGCCGAUCCCCAAACGACGGACGGUGCACCUGAACAAGGAGGCCAUGGCUAUAUACCUGGCCGGGACCACUGGAGGCUAAAACAAGGCUCGUAAUUAAUUAAAUUUGUUUUUGAGUGGAACAAAGAAAAGAGGCAACGUUAGUGACUUCUGUGAAGGAACCUUUUUUGUUUCUUUUCUUUAUUAUUAAAAUGUUUAUGCGGAUAUAAUUUGUGAAACAUUUGUACGCGUAGUCAGAUGAUACACCAUUGAACCACCCAAAAACCCAGCUAUAUAUUUCCGAAAAACGGCGCACGUGCUUUCAUGAUUUUGUGAUUCGUCGGACACAUCUUGCAUACAGACAAAUUAAAAACUGGUAUCCUGCACAGAUGGCUGCAUAUUUCAGUCAUAGCUAUCAUUA